AGUUCUUAACAUUAUGCCCGACGCCUUCAAGCCGACAAUAUUGUUAUGAAAUAAUAUAUUCAUAAUUUUAAAAAUAUUAUCCUACUUCAGUUGUUAAGUUUUAAUUUAACUGACAUGGAAAGAUUUUAUUUAUUUAUCACAUUUUUUUUUUGUAUUUUAACUGUGAUCAAUUGUACGAAUAUUGUGAGACCCAGAGGCAUUGCGUUUGAAAGAGCUUCGCUUUAUAUACCUGACAAGGAUUUCUCAUGUUUUGAUGGAAGUUUCAUAAUUCCUUAUUCGUUCGUAAAUGAUGAUUAUUGUGACUGUCCAGAUGCAAGUGAUGAGCCUGGUACUUCAGCGUGCCCUAAUGGUACUUUCCAUUGCUCAAAUGCUGGACACAAGUCCCUCAUCAUACCAUCGUCUAGAGUUAAUGAUGGAAUUUGUGAUUGCUGCGACGGCUCUGAUGAAUGGGCGAAUAACAACAGAAAAGGUACAUGUGAAAACACUUGUGAAGAACUUGGACGAGCAGCACGAGAAGAGGAAGAAAGGCUACAAAAAAUAUUUAUGGCUGGACAUGAAAUACGCGCUCAACUAAUUGUUAAAGGAAAAGAACUUCGAAUGGAAAAACAAAACAGAAUCACUGAACUCUUUGAACAACAAAAAGAUGCUGAACUUUUAAAGAAUGAUAGAUUAAAUGUUAAAGAAAAGGCAGACGAGAUUGAAAGAUCUGCAUUGGAAAAAUAUAAAGUAAUGCAUGAUGAAAAAAGAAGACAAGAAAAGGAACAAGAAAAACUUGAGCAGCAAAAUGAAGCUUUUGAAAUAUUUAACGAAAUAGAUACAAAUAAAGAUAACAAGAUUGAUGAAGAAGAAGUUGAUGCCUACAAUACUUUUGAUCAAAAUAAAGAUGGUAUUGUUUCACAAGAUGAAAAAGAUUACUUUAUGGAAAAUAAGAAAGAGAUAAAUUUAGAAGACUUUAUGUCAAAUAGUUGGGAUCGUUUAAAACAAUUAAUAUUUGCUCAAUCCAGCAAUUUAAAAGAGACUGAAAAUCCUGUUGAAGAAGAUAAUGAUAAAAUUGAAGAAGUAGAAGAUCAAGAUGAAAACGAUGAUGAAAGUGAACCUGAGACUGUAGAAGAUGAAACCAAAUAUACAGAUGCUGAGGAACUUGAUGAAUCUCAGUAUGAUGAAGAAACAAAAUUGAUUGUAGAAAAUGCCAAACAAGCACGUGAAGCUUUUGAAGAAGCUGAUAGAAAAUUCAGGGACAUACAACGAGAAGUAACCCAUUUACAAGAAUCACUCAAUAAAGAUUUUGGUCCAGAAGAUGAAUUUGCAGCUUUAGAUGGAGAAUGUUAUGAACUCUCUGACCGUGAAUAUGUGUAUAAAUUAUGUCUUUUUGAUCAAAUAACUCAACGAUCAAAGAAUGGUGGAUCUGAAGUGAGAUUAGGUACAUGGAAUAGUUGGAUUGGUGAACCAAAAUACCGUACUAUGUUAUAUGAUAGAGGACAGCAUUGUUGGAAUGGUCCUCAAAGAUCUACUCAUGUACGUUUAAAUUGUGGCUUAGAACCAGCCUUAAUAUCAGCAACAGAACCUAAUCGUUGUGAAUAUGCUAUGGACUUUGUUGUACCAGCUGUUUGUGUUCAACAUAAUGAAAGGCCCUCAGCUCCUGUUACAGAAAUUGAUCAUGAUGAAUUGUAAUUUAAAUCUAUUACUUGUAUCUCAUUUGUGUCAACUAUUUUCUGGGUAUUAGGUUCAAAAAUGUAUACAAUUAUUGAACUCCUUGAAUAUUAAAUACAGUGUACAUUUGUUAUAAUUUA